GNUCGAGAUGGAAGCAGUAAGUUCGAAGUCACGGCCUGCCAUCACGGCUACAGACCAUUCAGCAUUCAUCUUUAUAGCAACAGCUCUGUGUCUUGUUUGUAUGCUGCUCUUUUUGAGCGCUCGGCUCGUCGUUCGAUAUCCAUGGAAGCGAUCUCUUGGACCUGACGAUUGGACGACACUUUCAGCUUCGGUUGGUCCACAAGCCCGGGAGAAAAGUGACCAAACUGACUUUUUAGNNGUGUGUGCCUCAUGUCAUAGUAUUGUUUUGCUCUCAAGCGCCAAAGCUGGACUUGGGAGGGCUGAGUUCGUCCUCUCGUCCCAUCAGAUAAGUGCAGCUCUCAAACUUCUUUACGUCAGCGAUCUCCUUUACAUACCAACCAUCUUCAUUGCACGACUCGCAGUCAGCCUCUUCUUCUUGCGACUGUCUGGACCCGAACGGAGCUUCUUCCACCGACUUGCUCGCUUCAGCGCGGGAUCAUCGGUACUCGUCGCGAUUGCGUGUUUCCUCAUGAUUGCGAUCAGGGUAGAGCACGGCAUACGCGUAUGGGGCAUUGUUGUGGUGAGCCACAAAUCCAUAAUUCUUCUGAUCAUCUGUCCUGCAUGGCUUUUAUGGACCCUUCAUAUGCCGCUGAAGAAGAAGUUGGGCUGUGCGAUUUACUUCAGUCUCCGGGUUAGAACGAUCAUGCUGACCAUCUUCCGACUCGUGGCAUUGGCCAAGGCGAGUAGAGGGGCGGACCGUACUUUCGACAUGACGUUACCAGUAGUUCUGACACAGCUUGAGAUGCACUUCACCGUUUUGGCUGCCACAAUACCGAUUCUCCGAAAUCCUCUUACCAAGCUCAAUUCAGGAUAUCUCAACACAACGUUGGAGCAGAUGGAUCCGGCAGCAAGUGCAGCGUAUGCCUCUUCUAGGUCAGGCAGCAGUGGGAAAGGGCCAUCGUUUGCUCUGUCCCAUGUGACGGGCAGUGGACAGCGCAACGACACGGUCCUUGAGCAGAGAGAACCAGAAGGUAUCGAGACAAUCGCCGAAGGGGGAUCGGAUACGCUCGGAGAAGGUCAGAGUAUGCUGUCUGAGGGUUCUGACCAGAUUAUGAUCAAGCGUACAUUCAUGAUAGAUUACGCA